CACGCACAAGCUUUCGCCAUACCUGGGACAAACAAGAACACGUGCACGAGAUCAUCGUGAACAACAGCUAGAAGAGGAGGAAGAGCGAAAACAUAAAGAUCUAAAACCUAAACCAGAUGACGAUGUUUUGGAUGAAGAGGGACCUCGUGAUUUGCUUACGGUGCGCACAGAUAAAGUUGUGCUCGAUGCAGGAUAUUAUUGUAAAGUGUGCGAUUGUGUGCUGAAGGAUAGUAUCAAUUAUUUGGAUCACAUUAAUGGAAAAAAUGUGAAUCAAAGAGCACUAGGCCGAAGUAGAGCGAAAUACAUUGGAUCAAGUACCAAAACGACUGGCUUGUCUAAAAAGCAAAAAGAAGAGAAACCACAAGAAUAUGAAUUCGAGGCGCGUGUCGAACAAAUGC